AUGCCUACUCACGCACUGUCAACAGUAACUGGUGGUUGUGCGUCUGUCUUGAUGACCAAUGCUCUGCUGCGCGUUGCUGUCGUUUCCUCUGUACUGGUGGGUUCAUGGGGUUCGUUUUCGUCAGCAGCGAGAGGCCACGUGCACAGCCGUUCCAAAUGGUGCUGCCCACUGGAUGGCCUGCUGGAGCAUUUGUGGGACAGCCACGCCAGGGCAGUGGUGAACAUGGUAAUCCAGCUCGCCAUGGUGAUCACGUUCAUGGUGUGCAGUGCAACAGCUUUUCAGGCUGAACUGGUGAGCAGAGCGCCCUUUUCGCCGGGUGCCAGCCAAGGCAAUCGAAAGCCACAUGUUGUCCCCAUUGCACUUUUGGAUGGCAAGAGGCUGUUCCCCUUUUUGCAGCAUUGA